AUGCCGCCACCGCCGAGUCAGAGGGCCGAUAUCGAGCCUCCAGAAGAACUUACCUCGGAAGCCGUCAAGGGCUUUGUGACGGGUGUAGCCCGCUUCGGAUCUGUCUCGAUUCUCGCACAUAUGAUCAUGAAUCUGCCUCACCCCUUCACCUUCUCUAAACCCCAACCGCCCGCUCCCGCCGAGUCUCAGUCGCGUCGUCAGUCACCCUUUUCCCGUGACUAUAUUCGUUCUCGCCUUUUAUACCGACCGAUGGAGGGCUUCUCCGAGUGGAUUUCACCCACUGCUCGCGUCUACCGCGGACUGACUCCACAAUUCAAAGUCUUCAUCCAGAUCGCCAUCAUGACCUUGGGAGGCUGCAUCUGGGCUGAGAAACGGGUGACCGAGUACAUUGAUCUAAUUCGACAGAUCAAACGGGCUGAGCGAUAUCAGGCUGAGCGUGAGCAAGGUAACCGUCGUUAA